UUUAGUGAGUGAGCCGCUACGAAGCGAGAAUGCCUGAUCCAGCCAAGUCCGCUCCCGCGCCCAAGAAGGGCUCCAAGAAGGCGGUGACUAAGACCCAGAAGAAAGGGGACAAGAAGCGCCGCAAGACCAGGAAGGAGAGUUACUCCAUCUAUGUCUACAAGGUGCUGAAGCAGGUUCACCCCGACACCGGCAUCUCCUCCAAGGCCAUGGGCAUCAUGAAUUCCUUCGUCAACGACAUCUUCGAGCGCAUUGCUGGGGAGGCGUCCCGCCUGGCGCAUUAUAACAAGCGCUCCACCAUCACCUCCCGGGAGAUCCAGACCGCCGUGCGCCUGCUGCUGCCCGGGGAGCUGGCCAAACACGCCGUGUCUGAGGGCACCAAGGCUGUGACCAAGUACACCAGCUCCAAGUAACUGGUCUCUGUUUCU